CCUGGCUCUAAAGGAUUCUGGGAUAUUGGAGGUCCUCGUUGCUCGCUUUCAGUGUCAUGGCGACCAACAUCGAACAAAUUUUCCGGGAUUUCGUUAUGAAUAAAAUCAAAGAAAUUGAAGACGAAGGUCAGCAUACUGGAGUGACGAGCGACGCUCAGCCCAACGGCGGGGUCUCCCAUCCCACGCAGAAGCCCGGCCUGGGGAAGAAGAUGGCCGACCCAUCCGAGAGCGCGGGGGAGCCCCACUCACCCCCCCGCCCCCUGCUGCCAGCGGAACAUGCCAGACUCACAAAACUAGCUGAAGAGGGCGACGGUACGCCGAGCACCGCCCCGUUGGAGGAGCCGGCCAAUAAGGAGGGCAGCGAGACGCCGCGCAAGAAAAACAAGAAGCACAAACGACACAAAAGCAAGAAGAAAAAGAAGAAACGCAAGGAGGAGAAGGAGAGCAGCUCGGAGUCGGGGGCGGAGUCAGACGGCGAGACGCGCGGCCUCACCAGUGUGAAGACUGAAGUCCCACCUGAGGAACAGCCUGAUCCUGUAGGGGAAGUGGGCGGAGCCCCUCCUCUCUCAGCUCUUACAGGGGAAGAGGGUGACGGGAAGUCCAAAAAGCAGAAACGACACACGGGCAAGAAGAAGAAGAAGAGGAGGAAGAGAGGUGAAGAGGAGAAGCAGGAGAAGAAGAGUCCCUCGCGCUCGCGCUCUGAGAGCACCUCGGCCUCUGGGUCUGAGUCAGAGAUGGAGUCCCGGCCCCCCUCUGGGCUGCCCCCUCCCGCCUCCCCCACUGUCCGCCCCCUCUCUGGGCUGCCCCCUCCCGCGUCCCCCACUGCCCCCCCUACAGACGGGGCAUCCCCCGACUCCACACCCGCUACCGAGCCGCUGGGCUGCAAAGAGGAGGAGUCCAAACCCAGCACGGGAGACGCGGCGUGUGCCCCCGAGCAGGCCCCGCCCUCUGCCACCGACGUGGGCGGGGCCUCCUCGCCCGCAGAGGGCGAAGGGGCGGAGCAUAACGGCGACUCGGCCGGCGGGUUCUGCACGGCUCAGGACCUGCCGGACAUAAUCCCCAAACAGGAGAGCGCGCACAGGGAGGACGUCCCGCGGGCGGACACGGACGCCGCGGCCGACACCAACGGGAAGCGGGAGGACCGGAGCGAGGAGAAGCAGGGCAGCCGCUCCAGGUCGCGGUCCCGGUCCCUUUCUAAGCCCGGGAGGGAAGCGUCGCGGCAAAGCCCCGCGAGGAAGAGCCGCAGCCGGUCACUGAGCGCCAAGCGCGAGUCCGCCAAACCCAGCGCCCGGGCCCGGUCCUCCUCCCGCCACAGGACCAGCCCAAAGAGGAAGCGCCGGUCCCGCUCCACCUCCAGGAAGAAGCGCCGCUCCAAGUCACGGUCACACACCAGGAAUCGGAGGUCCAGGUCCCGGUCCGUGCGACGCAGGCAGAGCAGAUCCAGGUCUGUAGUGCGUGUCCGUCGGUCCCGCUCGCGGUCCCUCUCCAGGCGGAAGAGGUCGCGGUCCCGGUCUCGCCGGCGCGCUCGGAGGACCAGGUCGCGCUCGAUCCGGAGAGGCAGGCGGUCCCGGUCCCGGUCCCGCUCGCGCCACCGGCGCUCUCGGUCCCGGUCCUUCAGACGGCUUCGGCGGACCCGGUCUCGAUCCGUUGUGAUCCUCAGGAGGAACCGGCGGUCUCGAUCGCCGCGGCGCAACCGAUCGCGGUCCAGGUCUCUAAAGAGACGGCGGUCUAAGACCCCAUCGCCACGACAAUCAAGGCGGACCAAGUCCAGGUCGCCAGCAAGGAGGCGCCCGCGUUCCAAGUCUCGAUCCCCAAGGCGGACUUCUAGGUCUCCCCAUCGGAGCAAACGAUCAAAGUCAAGGUCCCCAGGGAGACGUCAUCGCUCAAAGUCCAAGUCCCCCAAACGCGGUGGUAAACGUUCAAAAUCUCCCAAGAGGAACAAGCGUUCAAUCUCGAGCUCCCCCCACAGGAACAAAUCAAAGUCUAGAUCUGUCUCGGGUGACAGGCAGUCGUGUGAAACGAGUCCCUCUCCUGCAAAAGGGGGAGACGGGGGCCCAAAGAGUGGUUCUCCCGACCGAGACCGCCAAGACACGGACCUCAGUAUGGACCUGACCUCCCCUGACAAGCUGGGGAAAGAAGCUGGUGAGACGGGCCCUGAAGCUGUGAAGACCGAGGAGAAGUCCUCAGAUCUGAACCCUGAAACGGGACCAGAGCAGGCUGCGGACCUCCCAGAACCAGAACCAGAACCAGAGGCAGUUUCCACCGGGGGCUGGAAGCCUGUGCCGUUUCUAGUGGACAGCAAGGCCAAGGCUGCCCCUGCACCCUCUAAAGCACCCGUCGACACCCAGGAGAGCAAUUCUCCACCAAUGCCCCCUGCUGAGAAGUGCUUUACCUGCGAGCUGCCUCCCACCAAUCAGGCCUCGCCAGAGCACGCGGUACUUGACGCUGCCCCUGACGAUAGCCAAUCAAAACCUUGCGUCACCACCUCGAGAUCUCGGUCUGUCUCCCCUGAGACUAAAGGAGAGGGGCAUAGCCAGGAGGAUCCCACGGAGGAGAACCCUGACAUGCCCGCCAUGUCACCGCAGGAGCAUCGGAGGUCCAGGUCAUCCUCUCCUGCCAAACACGAUGGCAACCACUCCAGAUCACCGUCGCCCUCCAAGCCUGCUGCUGAAGAGGAGCCUAAAUCCCCAUUAGUCAGCAAAAAUGAGAAAUCAUCCAAGCAAAGGAGCUCCCCCUCUCCUGCUAAGAAGAAAAGCUCAAAGUCCAGAUCACCCUCCCGGAGGAAGAAGUCCCGGUCCCGGUCACCCGCACGCAGAAAGCGCUCGCCUUCCAACUCGUCCUCUCCACGAAAACGGUCCCCGUCCAAAUCCACCACUCGAAGGAAGAAGUCCAAGUCAAAGUCUCCGGCGAGGAAGAGGAAAUCCAGGUCUCCCUCUCGCAGCCGGAAGAGAAAAUCCAAAUCUAGGUCUCCCGUGAGGAGGCGGAGGUCCAGGUCCAAAUCCGCAGCAAGGAAGCGGAAGUCACGUUCAAAGUCCAGAACCAGGAACAAGCGCUCGAAGUCCAGAUCCCCCAGGAGGAAGCGCUCCAAGUCCAGGUCACCAGCGAGGAAGAAGCGCUCCAAGUCCCGGUCACCGGUGCGCAGGAGGAGGUCCAAAUCGGCGGACAAGAGCAAGCGGUCGAAAUCCCGCUCUCCGGCCCGUAAGAGGCGGUCGCGGUCCCGCUCCAGGGUCCGGCGCUCCCGCUCCAGGCGCUCCCGCUCCAGCUCCCGCCGGCGGAGGAGCGGGUUCCCGCUGGACCGCCGCGACCGAUGGAGGCGCACCCCGAGCCACUCCCCCAUCCUCAUCCUGCGCAAGAGAAGGUCCACCUCCAGAACCCGGCGCAGCACCAGCAAGACCCCACCCCGCCUCACCGAACUGGAUAAGGACCAGCUGCUGGAGAUCGCCAAGGCCAACGCGGCCGCCAUGUGCGCCAAGGCUGGUGUGCCCAUCCCCGAGAGCCUGCGGCCCAAAGCCAUCCUGCAGCUGCCUCUGCCCACCCCAGUGCCCACACCCCUGUCCUUACCCCUGCCCCUGCCCAUGAACCUGCCCAUGAACCUACCGCUGAACAUGUCCAACAUGCCCAACAUGAAUAUGCCCAACAUGAACAUGCCUAAUAUGAAUAUGCCCAACAUGAAUAUGCCCAAUAUGAACAUGCCCAAUAUGAAUAUGCCCAACAUGAACAUGCCCAACAUGAGUAUGAGCGCUGCCGUAGCAACCAUGACCGCCGCCCUGUCCACCAUGAGCGCCCUGUCGGCCAUGCCCAACCUGCCCGCCCUGCCCACCAUCACCAACAAGCCCCCGCCCAUGGCCAUGCCCAACACCGCCAACAUCGAGGAGGUGAAGAGGAAGGUCACGCAGAAGGCCAACAGCAUCAGCAUCAAGGAGCUCACGGAGAAGUGUAAGAAGAUCGCAGAGAGCAAGGAGGAGAUGGCCAUCGCCCAACCGCACGUCUCUGACGACGAGGACGAGAGACCCCCCAAGGGCAACUCCUUCAGUCUCAGCUAACCCUGCCGCCCGCCCCCCUGCCCUCCCGCCCUCCUGGCCCCUUGGCGAGACCGGAGGCCUCUGGUGCCCCCGGUGUCGUCAGGGUCCCGACACCACCAGACGGAUUGGACAGGCCCAACGGGGUCCCUGUGGACACCUGGACAGACUGAUGGACAGACGGAUGGACAGGAAGGGGGAGACAGCAGAGAGGGGUUUUUACCUGAUGCCCCUCCCCCACUAGACCGGUCCCGCAUCCACACUCAAAGCUGGGCCUCCCUUCUCUAGCGCCCCCUCUCUGUGCGGAGGUUAAACUGCACAGAGCCGGAGGGCUCACCCGUACUCUGCCCCAGGGGGCGAGUGGACACGCCCUGUCCCAGCGGCUGGGUUAAUUAUUGAUUAUUGAUUACUGAUUAGGGUGCGGAAUGUCCGUAAUCAAGCCUUUGAAGCGAGGUGAGGGGUGCGAGGUUCCCGGUUGAGCCUGGGGAAUGGGACCUCUGCCCCCCCCUCUCCAAAGAGACUUCACUCACAGGGCAGCAGACUCAUGAAAGGAUUUUACAUGAUUUUUUUUUUUUUUUUUUUUUUUUUGAAGGACUGAAUCUUAGCUGUUGGCCCUUUCUUUUCCAUGUUGAAUUUCUUGCUUUUGUUUUUAUUCUUUCUGUUUUCAAAUAUAUGGGGUUGAGUUGAAUGCUCAUGACCGAUGUGCUCCUGGUGCCCGGCGGGUUGCGAUCUUGCGGCGUUCCCAGAAUGCAACGCUGCGUGCUUCACCGCGUCGCGCCUGCCAGGGGGCCACGGAGUGGCUUACCUGUGCGGAAACGUUUCCGUGAGGACACUGGCCCCCCGGGCGACGCCCUUGGGCGCGGUCCUGGUUUAGAAUGGUUAAAGUUGAGCUGUGAUUUAAGCCCUGAUUACCUUGCAGCGUUUCCCGUGAGCACAGCCCCUGGUUAGCGUGUAUUUUAUCAUUUAAAACCUCCAAACUUUAAACCUGGGUGAAGAGGACUUUUCUGAAGUCAGUGUAAUUGUCCUGUAGUAUACGAACCACAAUGGAACAGCUGCCCGCUUGUUUUUAAGGGGAGGGGAAAAAAAGAUGAAAAAGAAGCUGAUGCAUUGUUUGAGGGGGGGGAAAGCAAAGUUGUUUUUUGAGGUUUUUGACAUCUUUACUGUAUUGUGUAACGUUUUGGGUGUUUAUUUUCUGUGCGAUAGAGUUUCUCCUGCGUUGGAUCUGACAGUAACUCUGCUCAGACACCCACACUGUCACCCGCUGUGGGGAAGGGGGUGGUGCAGGGAGGAGGGGGGGCUUGUGGGGGGGGGAGCUUUGCUGCCCCCUUUUGGUUUUGAUUCCAGACACGUCACCAAUUCAGAAUAGGCCUUAAAUCUAAAUACAUGCGCGCACACGCAUACCUGUAUCUCUCUCACACACACGCACACACACACAUCCGCACACGCGCCCACACACAUACCUGUAUCUCUCACACACACACACACACACACACACACACACACACACACACCCCAGUCUUUCCCUUGCACAACACACACACAUUUGUAUCUCUCACACUAACGCACACACAUGCGCGCGCCAGUGUCGCACACUUGCACAUUUCUCCAUUCGCAGAUAAGAAACCGUUAGCUUAGAUGCAAGUACUUUAUUGCCUCUGAAAGUAUUUCCCAUUCUGAAUAUAAAACAUGAAUGAGAGGAGUGGGCGGAGCUUAGUGUGUGUGCUGUCCUUAGAGUGGGCGGAGCUUGGUGUGUGUGCACUCUUUAGAGGAGUGGGCGGGUCUUAGUGUGUGUGUGCUAUCCUUAGAGAAGUGGGUGGAGAUUAAUUUGGGCUCUAUCCUUAAAGAAGUGGGUGCAUCUUGGUGUCAUUCUGAGAUGGGACGGUGGAGCCUAUUGGUUUGUAUUUAAGUGGGUAGAGCUUAAUAGGUCAUCCUGAGACGGUGGGGUAGUCUCCGUUUCCUUGGCGAUCGUGUGUGUGUGUGUGUGUGUGUGUGUGUGUGUGCGUGUGUGUGCGUGUGUGUUGGAUGGAGUCUGAGCUCAUGCAGUGGUGGAUGCUGGCUGGUUUCAACCACAACCUUACCGUACAGACAGGUGUGAUGCAGGGGGUAGAUGUAGAAAUACUAGGUUGGACGCGCCUGUAGGGAGAGCAGCCGUACUGCACAGGGCUGUGUGAGGUACGUCACGGGCCUCCAGGGCGUGGCCAUGCAGGGGUACGCAUGUCCGUCUGAUCUAGUAAUUCUGCAUCUGUGACAUAGAACUCCACAUUCCCAUAGACUCUCCCUCUUCUGAUGUAACAACCACAUUUGGCUUAAUUGUCUUUUUUAUAUGAAAUGGCAUUUUAGAUUUUUUUUUUUUUUUUAGUUCGUAGGAUGUUUUUGUUUGCUUUGUACAUAAUGCAAUGUUGAUUAUUAAAGAAAUCUCCUAAAAUGA